GAGACCGUUGUCCCCCGUCACGUGUCUUCCACGCGCGCCGGCAGCGGGGCGGAGAGCCGGCGGCUUGGGGCCUGUCACGUGACAGGCCGGCCGGCGGUCAGUUUUGGCGGGCGGUACGGUGGCCGGGAGGGUUUCCCUGGCAACCGCGCCGCCGGCCAGGGAGCGAGGCGGCCCUAGGCGGGAGGGGCCCGGCGCGGCCCAGCCAAAGUGUCGGGUGGUCUAUGGAUGAAUAAGGAGUGAAAGCAGGAAGCAGUUGUCACAACUCGCCUGUCAAAAUCAAUUUACUAGUUGCAGAUCAUGGCUCAUCGAUUUUCAAAAGAAGAAUUAGAUGAGCAGUUUGAAGAGUUUCUGAAGGAGUCUCUUUCAGAUGAUUCACUUGGAAAUUCAAAGAAAAAAUCCAGCAUUCUUGAGACAUUGGGACAGCCCAGGAAAAAAGAAACGAAGAAAAAGGAUUCAGUGCCGUGGUGGAUAUCUGAGGAAGAUUCGGAUGAUGGUGGAACGCGUGGACCCAAUGGAAGCUUUGUCAAGAUGCAGAAUGCUUCACAGCCUAUGGGGGAAACUGAUGAGAACAUGCAUAUGGAAAAGCUACAGCUUCAGAAAAGUAACGGGGUUGCUGUUUCCUUAAGUAGAGACAGCCUGGAGACAAACGAUUCAGUUUUAGCUUCUGGGCCUAAUCAAAGUAUCAUGGGAGCUGGACUGGAUACCUUGGAAGAACAAGAAGAAAAAGAGAUCUUCUUUGCCAAACUUGAACGAGAAGCUUCCUCUACUAUUGAUUAUUCAAGAUUAAAUAGAGAGCUGGAUUCCCAUGAUUCUGUACUACUAGCACCAUUUGUACGGAAUGAAAAAAAUGAAAAAGAAGAGGAGGAAUCCACACAUGAAGAGAAAUCUGGCAGCUACAGUGAAGAUUUUGAAGAAGAAACAGAUGCUAAUCCUGCCUUUAAAACUGAGGGGAGUCAGGUCAAUCAAAACAUAUCACGAGUUGAUUUAAGUCCUCAAGAACAGGAAGAAGCAAAUGCUGGCAUGCUGGCUAAAGUUGUAUUACUUGAUUCACAAGAUUCAACUACAGAACUGCAAAAGGCCAUUGAAACAUCAGAUGUAGCUCUAGGUGAACAUCAUCUGCCUGAAGAAGUCAGUGGAAUUGAAAUGAAUGAAGCAGGCACUUCCUAUGGUCAAACCACCAGUGACAUGGAAGCGUUACACCAAGCAUACCACCAUAUUGAUCAGUCUUUGGGAGACACUGAUGAGCAAAAACCGCACAAUUCUGCAAUGGCAGCCUCGGAAUGCUUAGUGCAAGGUGUUUCACAAAAUAAUGACAUCUAUUCAAAAAAUAUGUCAACUAUUGAAUCAGACUUACCUACUGUGGAAGAAUUGAUGAAACCAAUUCAAGGACAUUCAUGUAAUAUCAGAAGUGGUGAUGUGGAGCCCGAAAGUCCUGUGAAACUGGUAGGCAGCACAGCAAAUGACCUCGUCAGCCACUCGCCCUUUAAAGAGCACCAGAAGAAUAUGAUUUGGGAGACAAACUUAUUUGAAAAAUUUAACAGAGAAGAGAGCAUCUUUCUGCAGCCAGCUGGGAAUGAUGAUAACUUUCAGAGGGUAACUGAGAAAGAAAUUCAAAUUGGUGAAGUACAGCCUGAUAUACCAAGACAAAAAAUAGUUCAAGACUCUCCGCUUUCUCUACAAAGCAGCAAAACUAAACAAGUUCUUCGAUCUUGUUCCUUGAGGAAUGAAAGAUCAGAAUCAAUGACAGCUAAGAAUAUCAGAAGUCCAACACCUUUACAUAAAAAGAAAUCUUCAUAUGGUCCUCAUGGGGUGGUUAGAAGUUCUGGGUAUGGGAAAAUCACUUCGCUCUCAAAACAGUCUUCUCCAGCUGAAAAGAAAGCACCAAAAGAAACUUUCAAAAAGACCGGUAUGAAAGCCAAAAGUCCUGCAGAUAGAACAAGAUCUAAAGAAGCCUUAUUUGCUACUAGAAUAAUAAGAUCUGCAACAAAUGAACCAAGUUCGAAGGGAAGUAUUAACAGAGUUAUGUCUGGCCAAUCAGUUGUUAAUAAUCUUGGACACCAGGCUGUGGAUUAUUGCAGGCAGUAUCAACACGAUUUAUCAUUUUUUCCUAUCAGAAGUUGUGAUAGAGAACUCUAUUUGCUAAAACGAGUGCAAGUUGCAGAGGAGGACUUGAACACAGCUCGUGAUUUGAUUCAACAGCUAACCAGCACGGUUUCACAGAAAGAGAAAGAAAUAGAGACAAAGAUUGCAGAACUGAAAACACAGCAUGAAAAAGAGCUUUCUCGGUUGGGUCAGGAAAACUUUGUUCUUCAGAGUAAGUUAAGAAGUAUGGAAGAGCUGACUCAAGAAAAGAGAUGGAUCCAUCACACAGCAACAAUUCCUGUCACUGAAGAAAAACUGGCACAAAUAAAAAAAGAAAUUGAAGAUCAAGAGGUCAUUAUUCAAGGUUAUCAACAGGAAAAUGAGAGGUUAUACAAGCAAAUGAAAGAGCUACAGAUCCAAAACAAAAAAAAUGAGGAACGAAUGUUUAAGGAGAAUCAGUGUUUAAUGUCUGAGUUAAUAGCCAUAAGAGAAAAGGUCGAGAAGACUAAUAAUAUCCAGUCACGGAUUGUGCAGGAUUCUGAACCAGUCAGAAAUCAUAGUUUCACCGAACUGAUUUCAGAGCUUCGAGCAGCACAGAAGGAAGAAACUAGAUUACAAGAAGAGAUAAGACGUCUCAAACAAGAUAAGCAAGCUCUUGAGGUAGACUUGGGACAAGCAAAGAAGGAGAGAGAUUUAGCAAAAACCCAGAUUGCAUCCACAUCAGGUGAGAAGUCUUACGAAUUGAAAGUUAUGGAAGAAUCGUACAAACAGGAAAUUACUCAUUUGAAAAGAAGACUUCAGUGGUAUGCAGAAAAUCAAGACCUUCUGGAUAAAGAUGCAGCCCGUCUUAAAGAUGCAAAAGACGAAAUUGAGAAACUAAAACUAGAGGUUGAGAAGCUCAGAGCUGAAGCUGGAGAUCAGUGUGUGCAACAGAAGAAACGUUUGCGAGACAGAGCAGCAGAUGCUAAAAGAAUUCAGGAUCUUGAGCGACAAAUCAGAGAAAUGGAAGGAAUUCUAAGAAGACGGUAUCCAAAUUCUUUGCCUGCUUUGAUUUAUGCUGCUGCUGCUGCUGAGAAAACUAAUGAUCUUUCAGCUAGAACACACACAGUGGAUUUUUUGGAGAAAAGAAUAAAAAAGUUAGAAACGGAACUUGAAGGUAAAGAUGAUGAAGCUAAAAAAAGUCUACGUGCCAUGGAACAACAAUUUCAAAAAAUAAAGAUGCAGUACGAGCAGAGACUUGUAGAGCUUGAGCAACUACUUGCCUACAAAUUUAUGAGUGAAUCUCCAAAACUGAAUGGUGAUAAAGCCAGUUCUUCUACAGAACUUGAGCAGGAGCUUCAGGACCUAAAGAAGAGCCAUCAGAUCACUGUUAAAAACCUGCAGACAGAAAUCGAAAACCUUAAAAGUCAAAAUUCCCAAUUAAAACUCAGAGGUAAAAAGAAUAAUAAAGACUUAGAGUCCACAGACUCCCAAAUGAAACAAGGUAACACAAAAGACAGACUGUUAAAACUAAAUGAAGAACUGGUCACCAAAAAUAGAGAAAUACAAGACCUUACAAGAACCGUAGAGAAACUUCAAAAAGAAAGGAUGGUGAUGUUGUCUGAUAAUAAUUUGAGAAAUAAAAUGGAUAAUAAGGAAAACUCUACAGAGAUCUUGAAAAAGAAUACCUUAGCAACAGAUAAAAGGAAUUCCAGCAACAGCGAACCCUUUCUAAGCAUUUUCAAUGAUGACAAAAUAUACCAACCACGGACCUUUUCUGAUUCUAAUCUCUCGGAAGUUCUGCAAGAAAAUGCACAGCUGAAAGAGGAGCUUGAAAGAUUGUCUCUAGAAAUGAACCAGCAGAGGGUGAAGUCUCAAGCAACAUUGGCUUAUUCUGAAAAUAAUAUACGAAGGAUAAAGGAAGACACAGCAGAGUACGUUGCAUCUCUGAAAGCUUCCCAUCAGAGGGAAGUGGAGAAGAUUCUUUGCCAGCACGCAAAGGAGCAUUCUACUUCUAAAGUAGCUGAACUAAACAGCAGAAUUGCAACACAAGAGAUAUUAAUAAAACAUCUCCAAGAACAAAUCAGUGAACAACAGAGACAUCAGGAAGCCCUUCUUGUUUCACAAAUGCGAGAGGAGCUCCUUCAAAAAGAGGUGACGAAAUUGUUGGAAGAACUGAGAGAGGCUAAGGAGAGCCAGAGUCCUGAAAUGAAACAUUUCUUGGGUCUGGAAAAGAAAAUCAGGCAUAUAGAGACCAGACACGCAGUAAGAGAACAAGAAAUUCAAAAGGCGACCCAACUAACGCAGCACGUUACUGAGGCCAGGCAAACGCAGGAGGUUGAGAAGUGGCGAAGACUGGCACAGCGGAAGAACCAAGAACUGGAGAAAUUUCGAGUGGAACUGGAUUCAAUACUAGAUGUUUUACGUGAACUGCAGAAACAAGGGGUUGUUAUUCCUGCACCUAAUGCCAGUGGAUUCAGCAUGACAGACAGCUGUUGGGAGACAUGAUUAGUUUUUAGGAAAUCAAGUGAGCAGCUGGCUGACUCAGUGACCUAGAUUAACAGAGAAGACAUUUGCUUCAAGAGAGGAAAGCAGGGUCUGCAGAAGAAUAUCAGAUCUCAUCAUGGCACUUGUGGCAGAGACAUAAGCAGUGUGUUCUAUUUAAAUUUGAAAUGUCAAAAUUGUUCAUGUAACAAAUUAAAUAAAUUAUCAUGGAUUAAGACUUUACUUGAUAGUACAUAAUACAUUUUGAAGUCUACCACUAUAUCCAGUAUUCAACUGAGUCUGGAAAAAAAAGAAAAAAAAAAAAAGAGAAGCGAUCCAUGUACUAGCACUAGCUGUGCAAAUGCAGCUCUGCAGGGAAGCGUGGCCCCAGCUCUUGACCAGAAAGUCCUCUUAUAACUUUGAAUCAUAGCGUUUAGCCCUUCAUACAGCUAACUACAUAUCUCAUGUCCAAAAAUAAGCAAGCCUAGCCCCUCCAACUCUUGCUCUUGUUGGAGAACAUGCAGCACAAGGCUCUGUGUUAUCCUUGCUGCUUGUCACUACCUGAGGCUACUGCGGAGUAAGUUCAGUCCGGCUCUGCAGUACCUCCACUUGAUUUAUUUAGCUUUGUCAUCUUUCACUGCCAGGAGGACAGGGCAGAGGAGGAAGGGAAAAAGCACAGUUGAACGUGCUUUUGUGAGACAAAGGAGUGUCCUCCCUUGUCAGGGGCUUGGGAGGGGUUUGGUGGCGUUCUUUUAAUCAGUGGCAAAAAACAUUACUAUUAGCAGUAUUCAAGAUCCACAACUCAGGUGCAUAAAUACUAAAUUGCAUGACAAAUACACAUCACUUCACCUUUUAGCCCCAAGGGCAGUACCUCACUGGAUUUUAGUUCACGGUUUUACCUUUCCUUUUCUUUAGGAGCAGGCAUUUUCUGAUUUUAGAUUGUAGGGUUGUUUUGGGGUGUUUUUGUUGUUUGUUUAUAGUGAGUUUUCAGAAGAGGCUCUGAAACAGCCAAAGCAGUAAGAAAAUUUGCAAUAAUUCCUUUUUCAAACACCAUUCCAAGUAUUUGUUUUGAAGGAUUACGCUGGUCAAAACACUUUGUGUUCACUUCAUAGUGACCCAACUCAUGUUGGUUUUCUGGGAAAAGAUGUAAUUUUUUGAACACGUUAUACAAAGCUGGUUAAUUAUACCAAUCCCUUUUCUCCUGAGGCAAAACACUGUGCCUAUUAGUUCUUAAAGCAGUUCUUUCUUUCUCCUUUUUAAUAUAACUGCUUUUGAGGACUGCAGAAAGUUUCUUUCUUUGCCUUUGACUCUGCUCUAAUGCAGAAGAAAAACCUGGAUCAGACUGUACCGCUGCCACAGUGCUUCUGAAGUCACGUGCGAGCUGUGCAGCGGGGACUGCCAGGUUAUUUUUCCGUAAAAAGCGGCAUGAAAGACUUUAAAGAUAGAAGGGAGAUAAGAUGGAAAAAGUAGGGCCAUCAGGGAAGAACAGAAGCAGGAAUGAAACACUUAAAUACCUUUACAGGAUUAAUACAUGCUUCAGAAGGACAUUAAGAAUACAAUUCAAACGUGUUCUAAGCUAAGUUGGUAUUAUCCCUUGAUCAUUUUAGUAAAUACCUUUCAUCUAGGCGUUACCUGUCACCAGCAUCCAUACACAUGAAUACUUCUCCUUUCUCCACAAAAUAGCCGUUACAUACCUAAACAAAAGCCACAAAGAUUUAAGGUGGCAGAAGAAGAGCUUAGGUUAGCCCACUGGGAAUAACAAGCUUGUCUUUUUCUAAAGCCAGACCUGCAUUAUUUUGAAACCUAAUUUUAAAUGCUUUGAAAAUAAGCUUCAUUUCUUGAUUGCAGAGGAGAUAGGUUCUACACAGAUUUUCCCCUCAUUGAAGCAGCAUUUCUGGUUUUAGGCAUGGCAAAGGGAAAAAAAAAAAAAUAGAUCUAAUAUCACUGAAGGCAGCUCACUUAUCCAGAAAUAGGCUAUAAAAGCCACAUUGAGUAGAAAUCCCAGAGCUUGUUAGCAAGAACAAUAUUGAGCUUCAGUUCAGACAAAGCUUAACCGUUAAUUAGAUAGCUAACAGUUGUUUGAGGUGCCUCAGCAGCAAGCAGUUGCCACACUCAGAAGGCAGAUUUCCCAAAUUUCUUUAAUUGGGAAGAGAAAAAGGGAAGUCCACAGCUACAGCUUUCAUACUCACUCGUGGUCAAGUACUAACUGUAAAAGGAGGCCUGUUCUGCACCUGAAGCAGCACACUGGAGACCUAUGUUGCAACCCAUGCAGCUACGCUCGUUUAUAACAGGGCUCACUUCAGUCCUCUCGGGAACUAUUUUCGACCACAGUCUGCUAGUUUUAAACAGUCUCUGCUUUGCUUUAAGUAUAACCCCAUUACUUUAAACACUAGGAAGUAGCGCAAGAAUCACAUUGGAAAACAGGAAUUUUAGGUGUAAGUGGUUUAUAAUAAGGGCACAGUAGAUGAAAUCAAAAGAGGUUACCCCCACACACACACCUUGUAUUCUUUAAAUGCACAACCCAUUUGCUAUUUUUUCUAUUUGUCAAGUGAAGGAAGAAUUAAUUCAUCAUCAUUUAAGCGUCUGAAGAAUGUAUCAGUAGGCCAUUGCUAUGUUUUCACUCUGACACAAAGGUGUUGUAUACAAAGCAGGUUAGUUUCAAGAAAACCCAGUCAGGCACAGUAUCUUGAAUCCAGUAGUUUCAUUUCAGUUAAGAACACCCUGCAGAGCACUCUUACUCCAAAUCCAGCAGAGGGUUUGAAGCUGGUUCCUCUACAUCCUAUGUGCUUGCCCUAAAACCAUUUGGCCAUUAGUUACCCAUGUCUUGAAGAAAGCUAAAACGUAACUUAAGUACUGGCCAAGGUUCAAAACCUUAUUCCUUCCCUAAACAAUACGCUUCAUAGUUGAAAUCACACCUAUUCAGUCCCCUAACAAACCUCCCCCUGGCAGAACAGCUGUGGUUGCAACACCUUCUCAAUUCAGUAUGAGAAGAUGGAGCAAGUGCAGCUCAGCUAUGCCUUUGGAGCUGGUCCUCUCAACAAGUCGAGGCCUGCUAGCCCUUCACUGGCCCACUAGUCAAGAAAACGCUGCUAUAGAGCCAAAAAGCAUAAGAAGCUUCAGCCUAGAAGCAAAGCAUAACACCAGCUUAACAUACCACUUCCAUUUGCAUAUAACAACUCUAUUGGCAAAAGAAUAGUUUUUAUCUGAUUUCCUGUGAUUUAGCUACUGAAUCCUGCACUUCCCAAACUGGAAGUUCGCAUCAGCAAUUUAAAAAAAAAAAAAAAAAAACAACACCAAAACAAAACAAAAUCAAAUUACUGUUUGUGUAGAAUACUAAUUGCAGAUCAUCACUGGGCAGCUGUCAGAAUAUCACUCUGAAGUACUGUAAUUACAGGCACCAAUUUGCUUUUACUCAGCAGCAGGUGGUGGUAGCAUUUUGUAAACGCUGCAACCGAACAAUUUAAUAUGAGAGAGGCAAUUCCCUCUAUAAGCUUUGUAAGUUGAGUUUAACCUGCACCGAGAAGCAGUUCGGAAUCAGAAGCUGAAGUUAAUGCCAAGCAGAUAUCCAUUGUGCUGCCCAGUUUCAGGUGUCCUUUUUGGGAGUGGCAGAAGCUGCAGAACCUCCCCAGGGGCUGCCUCUUUGAUUCUUUGCUUCAGUCUUAAUUUGAGGUUUACGCUUUUCUUGGCCGAGGCGUUUUCACAAACCUCCCAAUGCCACGCUCCGGCCUUCACCAUCCCUGCAAGUUGUUACGGUAUCCUUCAGAAGCUGGACAUAAGCAGUCAUUUACAAAACAAAGAACAAAACAAAACAACAAAAAAUUAAAAAUCACGACGCAAACAUAAUGCUGGGCAAAAGGUUUAGACCACAGAAGGCAUCAGAAUAAUGCAUUCAGUGUUUUGUCUAAAUCGAGUUCUGUCAGCACAGCCAGCCUG